CACGUGACGUAAGAACGCAUAGCUGAGCUUUUUAUGGGCCCAGAGGCAGGCGCGGUGCAUUGUGGUCCCAGUCGGCUGCUGUGCAGAAACAGAAACAAUCCUGCCGCUCCUCGUUAGUCUGUACACGACACUAUAAGCUGAUUUCCAGGUGACCUGCAGCUCCCCUAAAACCAGCCAUGUCAUCGACAUCCCAAAAGCAUAAGGACUUUGUGGCCGAGCCCAUGGGCGAGAAGACCGUGAUGGCUCUGGCAGGCAUCGGACAGGUCCUUGGCACAAGGCUGGAGGAGAAAGGUUUUGACAAGGCGUAUGUUGUCCUCGGCCAGUUUCUAGUGCUUAAGAAAGAUGAGGAGCUUUUCCGGGAUUGGCUGAAGGACACUUGCAUGGCAAAUUCCAAACAACAAAAUGACUGCUUUAGCUGUCUGAAAGAAUGGUGUGACGCCUUCCUAUAAACUGCUCACUCAUUGUUUUCUACUACUCUAGUUCAAACUGUAUAUUACCUCUUUCAUGAGCUCUAUUCAAUCCAAAUGCACAGCAGAUAUGAAUGGGCACGACACACUUAAGUUUAUGGAAGUUGGCUUGUUUUUAAAUUCGAAUGAGAAGUUUUGCCACAUUUCUGAAAAUCCUACAAACCCCUAAAAUAACUUUCAUGCGCUGCUCGUGGUCUUUGUCGUGUAGCUCUGGACUAGAAACCUGCAGACUGUUAAUUAUUAUUGGUAGUUAUCUCAUGUCAAAAUGUCUGCUAAUGAAGACUAAUCUUUCUUCUUCAAAUCUUGGCCUUUUUGCCCCACGUUUUUAAACUCGUUGGAAAGUUCAAAGCUGUCAUUUAAAAAAAAAAGGCGUGUUUCACAGUUUGAUAUGUUAAUCCACCAAUGUUUAAAGUAUUUCGCGAGCGGAUUGUCAGCUUGGAGUGUUUUGCAUUUGAUGUGAGACAAGAAAUAACCCUAAGAAUGCAAAUGAUACUAGACUUUGCAUAGAUGCAGAUAUACUUUUACAAUUAUAGUACAAACACUUUGCCAUUUUAACUGUUGAUCCUGCAACUAAAAUUGCUGGAAUUCUAAAAUUGCUGGAAUUCCCUUAUGGGGUCUGCUAAAAACUUGUUUAACCCUGUAGAUUGAAAUGUGUAUAAAUAAAAUGCCAAUGGCCAAACUCAUAA